GAAGUCAUAUAUGCUUCGUGCGAAAUCAAUCCAUAACCUGUUAUUUAAAACUGUAGUUUUAUAUGUUUUUGACACAUUUUUAAAUAGUAUAGUAUGUAUUACAAAUUAAACGACAUUUAAAUUUAUUGUACAUCACAAAGUUAUAUAAUUUGAAAAAAGAAAUACUAUGAUAUACGAUGAAUUAUCCAGGGAAAAUUGAAAAUUAUGAACUACGAUUUUGUAUCAUUUGGCGGUAAAACUGAAGUUAAGUUAGAUAUGCCCUGUUUGAACUUUCAUUAAAUUUUUUUUACUGUCUAUUACUUUGCAUAAUGCUAUAGGUUUAUUAUCGGUCAAAAUGGGAAUGUACAAAGUCCAAAUGAAUUUACAAAAAAUUCAAUCCUACACUUAAAAAAUAUAGUGUACUUAAUUCUAAAAAUUAUCGGUUAUAUUUGUCAUAAAACAUAUUUUUGAUAAUAUUUUAAGUCAUGGUUUCUUUAAUAAAAAAUAUUCAGCUUGCUUCAUUUUUUUAUAAUGGCAGUAGAAUUGCAACGCAGUUGUUUUCUACUAAUACACAGUUACGUUUAGAAAUUGAGGUAAAAGAAGUUAUUUUAAAAUAUCUUGAUGGGAAAGAUAACGGUAUAGUAGUCUUAGGACUAAAUCGUCCAAAUACCCGUAAUGCUUUCGGAAAAAACCUUGUAUCGCAAUUAAAUAAUGCAAUUUCUACUAUUAAGCAAGAUGAUAAAUUAAGAGUACUAAUUAUCCGUAGUCUGGUACCAUUUGUGUUCUGUGCUGGUGCUGAUUUACGUGAGAGAUUAAAAAUGAAUAAAUCAGAAGUAUUAGAAUUUGUAACAUCCUUAAGGAAUGUUAUGAAUGACAUAGAGUCAAUAUCAAUACCAGUUAUAUCUGCUAUAGAUGGUAUAGCAUUGGGUGGUGGUUUAGAACUUGCAUUGGCUACGGAUAUUAGAAUAGCAGCUUUAGAGGCAAAACUGGGUCUUGUAGAAACGAAACUAGCAAUAAUACCAGGUGCUGGUGGUACUCAAAGAUUGCCAAGAAUAGUUGGAUCUGGUAUAGCCAAAGAACUUAUUUACACAGCACGUAUCUUGAAUGGACAACAAGCUAAGAAUAUUCAUCUUGUAAAUGAAGUUGUACCACAGAAUAAAAAUGGUGAUGCGGCUUAUCAAGCUGCAUUAUUACUUGCAAGAGAAAUUCUACCUAAUGGUCCUAUUGGAGUAAAAUUAGCGAAAGAGGCUAUAUCAAAAGGUAUGGAAAUGUCCAUAGAAGAUGGAUUAGAAAUUGAAAAACAAUGUUACAAUAAAGUUAUAGAUACUGAAGAUAGAUUAGAGGGUCUUUCAGCAUUUACAGCAAAACGAGUGCCUAUUUAUAAAGGUACAUAAAUAUAUAUAAUAUAGAAUGAUUAUUUGGAUUAUGAUGCAAACUAUGAUUAUUAUAUAUCUUUCAAAAUCUAUAACUGAAAGAGUAAAUUUAUGGGGAUCAAUAUUUAUAUACUUUUCUAUCAAUCAUAUUAAUAUAAUUAAUAUAAUUUUCUAGUAAAGUUUACUCAUAUUAUAAUAUCCUGUAUAAAUUUAAAUAUUUUUAUACGUGGUUAUAAUUAUUAUUUAGUUCAAUAUUUAUACUUGAAUCAUUGUUAGUUUCUUUUGAAAGAAAGAAAUAUGGUAUAUAUGAUAUAUAAAUUGUAUAUUAUAUGUUAUGUGAAUAUUAUACGAAUUUUUUAAGUUAUUUACUAACAUAUAUAUAUGUUUUUUAAUAAAAUGUUAAGAUUUUUAUAAUUGUUAUAAUUACUGUAAUUACUGAAUCAGAAAUAUAUUUUUUAAAUAUA